AUUUUGAAGUCCGUCCGCCCGCUUAGCUUCUGUCUGUGCAGUGAGUGAGCGAGCUUGCUCGAUGUGCAGUAAAGUAAAUUAAUGCACUUCGAUACUUAAUAAAUUCGCGUCGCAUCAAGAUUGCCUUGAACUUUUCAAGCGCAUUACCGUCAGAAUAAGUUACUAAUAAACUUAAGCCGGACUCGAUUCAAAACUCGCUUCAUCGGAUCUAAAAAUACCCAGCCUGUGUCCUGAUUGUCCCCCAAAAGAAAUAUUUCCAAAACAGCUGUGUCGUUUUAUUGAGGAUGAGAUUAACACUGCGUUUGUUUUCUUCGGUUGUUAAUAAAAGACCAUUUUAUGUAACUACGCCGAUAUUCUACGUAAAUGCUGAACCUCAUAUUGGACACCUAUACACGGCCGUGGUAGCCGACGCAAUCCAGAGAUUUGAGAAGCUCACAAACCCACAUUAUGACAUCAUAUUUAGCACUGGCACAGACGAGCAUGGUAUAAAGGUCCAGCAAGCAGCAGCCAAAGCGAACCUCCCAUUAGCAGAGUACUGUAACAACAUAUCGAGCGAAUACUCCAGCCUUUUUCGAGAAUUCGACGUGGAAUACACGGACUUCAUUAGGACCACUGAAGAAAGACAUAAACGUGCAGUUAGGCAUUUUUGGCAACGGCUGGUGAAACAAGAAUACGUGUACAAAGCGAACUAUUCCGGCUGGUACAGCGUCAACGACGAAUGCUUCGUGCCUGAGGCGCACGUAAAGGACGAGCUCAGGAAUGGCGAGACUGUAAAAGUGUCCACUGAGUCGGGCAACUGCGUGGAGUGGACAGAGGAAUCAAACUAUAUGUUCAGACUGAGCGCCUUCAAGACACAUCUGAAGUUAUGGCUGGAGAAAGACGGUGUGAUAACUCCAGGCAAGUACCAGCGCCAGUUACAGGAGAUGUUGGAGAGCGCGACAUACUUCCCGGACAUAUCCAUCAGCAGGCCUUCCUCCAGGGUGCACUGGGCGAUACGGGUCCCAGAUGAUGAAGAGCAAAGCAUAUACGUGUGGCUGGACGCGUUGAUAAACUACCUGACUGUGAUCGGGUUCCCGGACGACGACGUCAUCAAACAACGUGGCCGAGCCUGGCCCGCCGACGUCCAGGUUGUGGGGAAAGACAUACUCAAAUUCCACGGUAUCUACUGGCCGGCGUUCCUAAUGGCGAUCAACUGGCACCCGCCGCGCAAGGUGGUGUGCCACGCGCACUGGACGGCGGCGGGCGUGAAGAUGUCGAAGUCUCGCGGCAACCAGCGGCGCCCGCGCGCGGCGCCCGCGCCCGCCGCGCUGCGCUAUCUGCUGCUGCGCGAGGCCACCAUGGCCGCCGACGCCAACUACAGCGAUACCAAGCUAAUAAACGUAGCCAACUCUGAGCUAGCGGACACCCUCGGCAACCUCGCCAGCCGCAGCUGCGGCGCCGCGCUGAACCCGCGCCAGGAGUUCCCCGCGCUGCAUGCGCAGGAGUUGAUGCGCUGCAGCCUCAGCCCCGUCACUGUGCAGCUCAUGGACAGCUUGGAGAGAUUGCCAGAAUUAUGCUACUUGCACUAUCGCAAUUAUCAGUUCUACAAAGCGGUGGACGCAGUGAUCCAUGUGCUCCACCUCGCCAACUUGUUCUUCGAGACGCACAAGCCUUGGGAACUAAGGAAAAAAGUCGAAAAUCAAAAACAACUGGACGUGAUCUUACACAUAACAAUGGAAACAUUAAGAAUCUGCGGCAUUAUACUACAACCUAUCAUACCAGAUUUGUCGACGAAAUUGUUAGAUAAAUUGCAGAUACCGAAAGAUUGUAGGUAUUGGAAGAAUUGCGAGACCCCGUCUUGGAAAAUAGAGGGUGCUAUACACGAAACUAAGAAUAUACAGAGCGGAAACUUUGUGUUGUUCCAAAGAAUAUAUGUGGAUAAAAAUAAUGCACAGAAAAAAAAGGCUAGCGCGUAGUUUAUAUAGUCCGGUGUCAAUUGGCUUUUGCUCUGUACAUAGAGUGGGAUACAGUUAGAUGACGUGUAUUUUGAGCUUGUUUUAGUUAAAGACAUAAAUACUUAUAUUGCUAUAAAUACGCACACAAUAAAAAAAAUAUCAAUUAACUGUUAUAUGUUGACUGCCAUUUGCACUCGAAAACAUGUAGAUAUUUAAAAAUUAUAGGAAAGGUGUAUUCUUGAAAUGUUUGUGGUUUAGUGUUUCUCCACUAGAUUUGUUGUUGGAUCAAUGUUUUCCUAAUUUAUACAUGAUUACGUGUGCAAUGAAAAACGCACGCCAAAUACUCAACUUUUAUAUGAGUAAGCAGAGUCGAUUGACUUGACAUAUGAAAUAUGAAAUUAUAGGUAUCUUUCCAUAAUUUACCCGCGGCUUCAAUUUUCCUUAUACUCAAUAUAUUCUUUGAAUCAAUUACAUAGGUGUUAGCUUUACAGUGUAAUUAUUAUGUAAAUAUUGUGUAUAAAAGAAAAAAAAGAUCAUAAAAUCCUGAAGUCCAAAAAAUAAGUUCAAAAUUAGUUUUAUGGGUUUGUUGUUUCUUCCAAUAUGUGCAUUUAUAAGCAUUUUCCUAUUAAUUAUAUUGUCACGUGUAUAAGCCUGGCAAAUAAGAACGCGGUGGUUAUAAAUAUAAUUAUUUCACACCCUCUCGUUGCGUUUCAUUGCACAGUUUAUUAUUCAAAUAAUUUUAUUACUGGUUCGCGGAAAUGCGCUAUUCUUUUAACACGCCAUGCGUGUUUUCUUGCGACACGCUUUGUGUGUUUUCUUGCACUGAGCGUGUCAACCUGUCAAAAGCGUAUAAGUUGUUGCCACUUGCCAGGCUCUGACAUAGAUUUGUUGUACUUGCAAAUUAGCUUUUAAUUGUGAAUAGUUAGUUCAAUUUGAAUAGUUCAAGUAGUUUAAUUUUUAGUUGUGUUCGACUGAUGCGUUAUUUAUAAUUUAUUUGUGAAUAAAAUCUGUUGUUGAAAUA